GAGACCUGCUGACGUCACGUGUCCGUGUCUUCACACUGUGAAGAUAAGCCAUUAGUAAACAGCUCAAAUUUAAAUCGUUGUCGCGAAAGGUUAAAUUAUUUUAUGUGUUCACAGAAGUGUAUCUUGCCUGAUAUACAUUUGAAGUAUUAUACUAACAUCUGUAAGUAAACAUAAACAAGAGUGCAAGUAUGAAGGAGACAGUGCAUAAUUUAAGUAACGUUGUAAAUAACGAACGUAUCCAUGGGAAUGGAGAGGCAAUUGUUCCGGAGGAAUCACCAGCAAAGCAGAAAUUAAGAAGUUGGUUAAACCGACAUUUACGAAUUGAGAUGACUGAUGGAAGGGUUCUAAGAGGAGCAUUCUUAUGUACUGAUCGCGAUGCCAAUGUUAUUUUGGGUUCAUGUACUGAAUAUCUAUCUACAGAGCACACAGAAGCUAGAGUUUUAGGCUUGGUAAUGGUACCUGGUCGACACAUUGUUUCAAUACAUCUAGAUGUUUGAAAUAGUGUUCCUUUUACGAAUCUGUAAAUAAUCUAUUAUGAUUAUUUAUUAUAUCGACAUGGACAAAUUUAUUACAAUUGUCUUUGAAGAUAGUUUGUGA